AUCAUUUAUGAGCUUAAUGAAGCAUUUUUUUGUGAAGUGGUUCAAUUGGAAGAUAGAUUGCAAUAGCUUGAGGAGCAACAGGAAGAUCAGAAGUUGAAUCAAUGAAUGUAGAUUACCCUCUCAGGAAGCAUAGUGUAAACAAAGACAGUAAUGGCCCCAUAACUAGAUGGGAACUUAGGCAUUUUUUAUAUCCCAGACUCCACUUCCUCAUUUAUGAAAGGAGAAAAAUAAUGCCUGGUUAGUAGUAUCAUGAGGAUUAAAAUCUAUUACUAAUUGAAUGCUCUUGUGUCCUUUCCCUAGCUCAAGUUUUUUUUAAUUUUUUUUUUUUUGUACAUACCUGAGUUUGACCUCAGGAAAUAUUAACAUCAUUCCUUUAGCACUUAGAACAAGGACAGUUUAAGUUUGGUCUGGGAAUAAAUGUAAUUAAGGCAGAAUAUUUCUUACCCCACCUUGCAAACCAAAGAAAUGGCCUCCACUGGAGAUUCUAGGAGCAAAUGCCACUUGCUUUGUGAGUCAGUUUGACCCACUAAGAAUUCCUGUUAUGGAUUACUUCAAUAUUCAAACAUUUCUUUAAAUUCAGUUCUUGAAAUUUCUUGCCACUUUUCGUGUUUUGAAUUGAAGAUUUCAAAAAGCCAAAUGAGCCUGUGCUUAAAUGGACAUGACAUAACAAUCGCUGCCAGCUCAUAGGGACGUAGGCAGAAACAGUGAAAGCUCAGUCCACGCUGCAGGUGCAGGAAGCAGGUAACAACCUUGAGUUACUCUAUCAAAUUCAAGGCUUGGAGUUCCCAGAUUUCCCAAGAAGACAGUGAUAGAGGCCACAACGAAAGGCUCAUCUCAAGUUACCAACUCUUCAGUUGAAAAAGCUGCAGUUGGGAGGGACACUCAGAUAGCUCUGGUGGCUCGUUCUGUUCCUUUUGGAGUUGACCUAUGAAUGCGCUGGAAGAAAAACAAUCAUCUUAUUGUCUCCUUUCAUACUGUUUAAAUUACAGGAAGAAGCAGCUUUAAGAGAAAGAUUGAAGCAAAAUGACAGCUUCUCAAUUUGACUGUCAAUACUGCUCAGCAUCACUUCUUGGGAAGAAAUUUAUGCUAAAGGAUGGCAAUCCAUACUGCAUCAAAUGUUAUGAUCGCGUCUUUUGUAACUAUUGUGAGGAGUGCAAAGAAGCAAUUGAAUCAGGUUCCAAGGAUCUUUGUUACAAAGGCCGGCACUGGCAUGAAAGAUGCUUCAACUGUGCCAAAUGCAAUCACUCUUUGGUGGAAAAGCCUUUUGCUGCCAAGGAUGAGCGCCUGCUCUGCUCGGAGUGCUAUUCUAAUGAGUGCUCCUCCAAGUGCUUCCACUGCAAGAAGACCAUCAUGCCUGGUUCCCGCAAAAUGGAAUUUAAGGGAAACUACUGGCAUGAAACCUGUUUUGUGUGUGAGCAUUGCCGUCAGCCAAUAGGAACUAAACCUUUGAUUUCCAAAGAGAAUGGCAAUUACUGUGUGCGGUGUUUUCAGAAGGAGUUUGCUCACUACUGCAACUUUUGUAAGAAGGUGAUAACUUCAGGUUGGAUAACAUUUCAUGACCAGCCAUGGCAUAAAGAGUGUUUUCUGUGUAGCGGCUGCAGGAAAGAGCUCUGUGAUGAAGAGUUUAUGUCCAGAGAUGAUUAUCCAUUCUGCUUGGACUGCUACAACCGUCUUUAUGCCAAAAAGUGUGUAGCCUGCGCCAAACCCAUUACUGGUCUCAGAGGUGCCAAGUUUAUCUGCUUUCAAGACCGUCAGUGGCACAGCGAAUGCUUUAACUGUGGGAAGUGCUCGGUCUCCUUGGUGGGGGAAGGCUUCCUGACCCAGGACAAGGAAAUCUUCUGCCGCAAAUGUGGCUCCGGGGUGGAGACUGACAUCUAGACGGAGACAGUCCUUCUCUUCCUAACAUCCACCUUGCUUUUGUUCUCACUAAAUCCAGAACUUGGUUGAAGUCGUAUUUCUGACUUGAGUUUUAGAAAAUAUUAAUGUAAACUUCAUAGCAGAAGGGUUUUGCACACAUUUUGAUUGAACUGUAUUAUAAGAGCUCAAAAAAAGCACAGUCUAACUGAAAUGAAUGUAUACUAAAUCACAAAGGAACCUCUGCUUACAAAAUACUGCACUCUGCUGUUAGAAAUAAUAGGAGCAAUCUCUUUGUUGUAACCAAGUAGAGCACCUAUACAUAGAAGUCAUGAAUGUUAGUACUGAAGACAAAUAUCGUUCAAAACUGCAGAGUAAAAAGGAAAUUAAGAGGUCAAAUUAAAAGGCAUACGUAAGACUAAUGUUUGUGCUCCUAGCAAGCUAGUGAUACAUAUGGUGAUAUGAAUAAUAAAACAGUGAUCUGGGAAAACUGAUCAGCAAUCAGCACAUUUAA